UUGAAAAGAAAGCGAAAACGAACCAUUAAUGAUUAUUUCGUUUUAAACUUGGCAGUAGCAGACUUAACUUUCCUGUGGCUUUCGCUUCCUUUCUAUACGUACGACCUUUUUCAGCCGUUUAACAAGAAUUUAUUGUAUUGUAAACUAAUUUGGCCAAUGAUGUCGGUUACUUUAUCAGUCAGUGUUUUCACCUUAAUGUCCAUGGCAGUCGAACGGUGUCGAGGAAUCACAAACCCUUUGCAACCGAGGAUCAAACUGCAAGCCACAUUGAUAUGGAUUUUCCUUAUAUGGAUCUUUGCCUUUGUCACGAUUGUUCCGUUGAUGAUCGUGGCGCGGUCGGAAGGUGUGUUAUGUGCAGAAAAUUGGCCGAAGAACUACUAUCGUCAAGCUUACACUGUAGUCUUAUGUAUUCUUCAAUAUGGCAUCCCUUUGUUUGUAAUCGUCAUAGCAUACCUGAGAAUCGCUUUUUGUCUUAUCAGGUCUCGGUUACCGAUGCUGACAACGAUCAAUGCUAAAGGCGAGGUAAUCAGGCACAAAACGAGAAGCGAAAAUGUCCAGAUAAUCCGGACACUGGCUGUUAUUGUGAUUUUGUUCAUGGCCUGCAUGCUUCCCAAUCAAAUCGCCUGGUUGUUGUUUGACCUUGGAGGUGACUCGUACAAGGAGCUGUCCGACGCAUUUUGGACCUGCGCAGAAGCGCUAAUGUACCUACACGCAUGCGUGAACUCGAUUGUAUACGGUUCUCUUACUCGACAGUUUCGUCGAGGAUACGUCCGAUUCUUCCGACACAUUUUCUGCUUCGGUAAAACCAACGUCGAUUACUCAACUGGUGUUAUUGAAAAUCACACAGGAGACAAACAUUUACAACCAAAGCGAAAAGCUGGCGUACUUUAUGGCUCUCUUAAAUUCAGAAAAAUCAGUGAAAACACUAGAACGACACGCUUGAUAGUGAAUUCCUCUCCGAUUAUGUCCACAAGUGAAGAAAGUAUCAAUCAGUUAGCAAGCCCCUCGCCUGGCUCUUCCCCAGUCCCUAAUUCAGCCGGCAUAGAGAUGUUAUUAAGAAGAACUCAGGCGAAGGAAACUCUAUUGAAACUGGCCUUUAUUAACCCGGGUAUGGACACGUCUGAUGACGAUAGUUGCCAGGAAACUAAACUGUAACCCGUUUAGCUUUGACUCUAAGCGAAUUGUCCUAUCUGUACGAGUUACAAUUAAUGCAUUUAUAGAUGUCUUUCAAAAAGGUUGCGGUUUCUUUGAAAAGGCAAGCAAUUCAGAGAGUUUCUUAUUAACAUGGAUGAGGUCUUUGAAUAAUUAACUCGUGGAAAACAAACAAUUUGAGUGGAGUUACGCCAUGCCUUGA